AUGCCGAGGCCAAUGUGCAAAUAUGAACAAUGUAGUUCCACCUUUGUUGUGCGGCUCAUGCUGUAUGAAAACACUCUCCGAGAAAGAAGCCCUCGUUGAGAGCAGGCGACAGGGUCUUUCUUCGUCUCUCUUCGAAGUCUAAGGUUGCAUAAUUUUCUCUGAUCAAAUAUUCAUCAGAGAAACGGUGCGGCUUUGGCCUUAAACUCGAAUUUAUUUGUUUUUAUUUAUAUGCAUGUGAAACAGAUUGAACAUAGCAGGUUAGAUAAAAGUGUUUAGCAUAAUUAUGGAGUCAUUGUGGAAACUAUUGUAUUUGCUGGAGCCUGCUCCCAUUACACUCAUCUUGACGGCAGUUUCUGUGACGUUUGGAUCAGCAUUGCGAGCUCUAAAUUAUGGGAAAGAAAUGGAGAGAAACCGUGACUUAUCAGAACAAUCCAUUACAUUAGACAGGUCCCAAGCACUCAUGAUCCCAAUUAUGAGUUCUUGCAGCUUGCUAUUGAUGUUUUAUCUGUUCUCGUCUGUCUCACAACUCCUAACUGCAUUCACAGCUGUGGCCUCCGCUUCAUCUCUUUUCUUUUGCUUGUCUCCUUAUGUUGCCCAUUUGAAGUCACAGUUAGGUUGUGCUGACCCAUUUGUGUCAAGGUGUUGUUCAAAGUCAUUUACCCGAACCCAAGGGCUUCUAUUGCUGCUAUGCUCUGGCACAGUAGCAGCUUGGCUCGUUUCUGGGCAUUGGAUAUUGAACAAUUUGUUGGGUAUUUCUAUUUGUAUUGCUUUUGUGAGCCAUGUACGUCUCCCAAACAUCAAAAUAUGUGCAAUGCUCCUGGUUUGUUUGUUCAUAUAUGACAUUUUCUGGGUUUUCUAUUCUGAGAGAUUUUUUGGUGCGAAUGUUAUGGUGUCAGUUGCAACACAACAAGCAUCUAAUCCUGUUCACACAGUAGCUAAUAGUUUAAGCCUUCCUGGCUUGCAAUUAAUUACAAAGAAACUGGAGUUGCCUGUGAAGAUUAUCUUUCCUCGGAAUUUGUUGGGUGGAGUUGUUCCAGGGGGGAAUGCAGAUUUUAUGAUGCUCGGUCUCGGUGACAUGGCUAUACCUGCCAUGCUUCUGGCUUUAGUUCUCUGUUUUGAUCAUAGAAAGAGCAGAGAUUCAGUAAACCCUUUAGAUUUACCUUCCUCGAAGGGGCACAAAUAUAUUUGGUAUGCCCUUACGGGAUAUGCAGUUGGCCUGGUGACUGCCUUAGCAGCUGGGGUUUUAACUCACUCUCCUCAACCAGCACUUCUUUAUCUGGUGCCAUCGACACUUGGACCCAUCAUCAUCAUCUCUUGGGGAAGGAAGGAGCUAGCAGAGCUAUGGGAAGGAUCAAAUACAAACCUAAAUGACAAAUCUCAUUUAACCGAAGUUUGAAUUGCGCCUCCAAGUAUUAUUAAAAUAUUGGUAGCAGAGCCAAAUUGAAAUUUGUAAAUCCACGUGGAAUAGUUCUAUCCUCUUUGGAAAGUUGUAAUGGAGAGACAACAAUUUGCUGUUUAUUUUUAUGCUCUUGCUAACUUUCAACAUCCAAUAUUUUUCACUCAAUUUCUUUUAUUUACACGUUUCAUACAUAAAAAUAGAAUGAAAUUAAACUCAAUUGAAUUGAA